AUGUUUAAACAACCCGUCAUUUAUCAUGAUCCGGCCGAUUAUUUUAUCAUAGAUUUUCGAGGUUUUGACAUUCAGAGUGAACGAAGUGAUAUUGUUGUUGUCGUCGAAGCUUAUAAACUCUACCUGAACAAAACAAUUUUGUCUUUUGCAUCGCCGGUGUUUCACAAGAUGUUCCAGUCAGAAUUUAAAGAAAAGAAUCAAGAUACAAUUUCGCUUCCGGGUAAAAAGUGCGAGGAUUUUAUCGCAUUUCUCUUGUGUAUAUAUCCAAACACGAUGGAUGAUGUCAGAGCUGAUAAUGUUGAAAUGGUGUUGCCUCUGGCAGAUGAGUACCAAGUACUGCAAUUGAAGAAGAAAUGCGAAACAUUCCUCAUGGAAAAAGAAUUAGGCCAAUCAUAUAAACGGCUUGUUCAUUCUAUUGUUUUGGCCGAAAAAUAUAAUUUGGAAAAGUUGCUUGAGGAAGCUACUGACAUAGCAUCAAGGAAGAUGCUUUCAGAGUUGAAGAAAGAAGCGGAAUUUGCAACAAUUUCAACGAGUACUCAAAAUAAACUGAUGUUAAAACGUAUUGAUGCUAUCGAGAUGGCUGGAUGCCGCAUGAAACAACGUCUGAAGAUCGACUCGUCGGACUACCGAAACGGAAGUUAUUUUGAGUUCCUCAAAGUGUUCGAUGGAAGUAAAUAA